CUCCCUCCGUGUAAGGCCGUUGGUGGAAGUAGCUGCUGCUACUGCUUUUCUCCUCCAGGUUCAGCACGAUGGCCGAGUACUGCGGCGGCUUGGAGAGCGAUGCCGGUGAAGAAGCGUCUGAGCGGGGCCUCUCUGCCCGAGGAACCCGAAUCGUCGGCGGCGCCCAGGGACUCUUGGACAAGGGCUUCGACAUGUACAUCGCGGACCCCUUUGACGCGGGUCACAACCCUCAGGGCAUUUUGAAUUUUGGAACAAGUGAAAACAAACUUUGCUUUGAUUUAAUACAGAAAAGGCUUGCAAAACCUGAUAUGAAUUAUCUGGAGCCUCACUUACUGCAAUACUCAGAUACACAAGGCAUUAAAAGUUUCAGAGAAGAAAUUGCCAGGUUUCUUACUGAAUAUGCAAAAGCUCCAACAUCACUGGAUCCCGAGCAUUUUAUUGUGAUGAAUGGCUGUUGUGCUGUCUUUGCUACUCUUUCAACUGUGUUGUGUGAUCCUGGAGAUGGGUAUCUAAUUCCUGCUCCGUAUUAUGGUGGAAUAAAUUCCAAAACAUGGCUCUAUGGUGGAAUGCAGCCGGUUCAUGUGCCCUUGUUCAGUGAGAUGACCAAUGAAGACAGUCAACCUUUUCAAUUAACAGUUGAAAAAUUAGAAGCUGCAUAUCAGAGAGCCACGAAGCAGGGCAUCCGAGUCAGAGCAUUAAUCCUGAUCAACCCUCACAAUCCAUUAGGGGACAUUUACCCAGCACAGUUACUGAAAGAAUGUCUAGAGUUUGCGCACAGAUAUAAAUUACAUGUGAUAAUGGAUGAAAUUUACAUGCUCUCGGUGUAUGGUGAUGCCACCUUCACAAGUAUCCUUAGCUUACAGAGUUUACCAGACCCAGACCGGACACACUUUAUGUGGGGAUUUAGCAAGGAUUUUGGCAUGUGUGGUAUCAGAGUUGGAGUAUUAUACACCAGAAAUUGUGCAGUCAGGAAAGCAGUUAAUCAGCUGGCUGUUUUUCAUGGAUGUCCUGGACCUGUGCAACAUCUUCUCAAACAAUUCCUUAGUGACAGAGAAUGGCUGGAUAAUGUGUUUUUCCCAACCAAUAAAAGAAGACUUAAGAAAGCUCAGAACAUUCUUGUGGAUGGUCUUGCAGAGAUAGGAGUACCAGUUUUAAAAUGCUCAGGAGGAUUAUAUGUCUGGGCUGACUUCAGAAAAUUCUUAAAGUCACAGACAUUUGAAGCUGAAAUCGAGUUAUGGUGGAAAAUUCUUGAUGAAAAGCUUCUCAUUAGUCCCGGGAAAGCCUUUUGCUGUUAUGAACCUGGAUGGUUCAGACUAGUCUUCUCAGAUUCUGUAGAUAAGAUUUACUUGUGUAUUCAGAGACUUCAGCAAAUGCUACACGCUAAAAUGAAUGAAUCCAUUCCCAACAGUCCAUCUCCUAAAGAAAAUGAGUGCACUGACUUGGAUGAUGACAUUUCAGCUUAUAUAAAUACAUCAGUGGAUGAUGUCUCAGAAGGAUAUUCACACCUGAAGAAAAUAGCUGUCUUCUGAGAACCUAAAUGCUAAAGCAAAGCAUGCCAUGCUUCUCUUUACUGUAACUGUGUGACUCCUUUUGGUUUUUUAUCAAUCUGGCAGUAUGCAUUUACCUUUUGUUGUAACCUGUGGUUACUAAUUUUCUGUUGGGACUACUACAAUGGAGAAGUUAAUUUUUCUUCUGAGCACUAUGGGCCAAAUUGUAUAUGACAAUAGCCACAUCUCCCCUGCAAUUUUUCUUCCAGUGGGGUUCCAUGGUCAGAUGUGAAUCCCAAAGGGAGAAAAACAGCUGGGGAAAGUGAAGGGGAGUUUCUCCACCUCCUUCUUAACCCAAUGGUGUUUUAAAACUGACCUCAUCACACUUUUACAGCAGUUCAAAUUGGGCAACCUUCCUUUAUGGUAAUUCAAAUUAGGUCAUCCCACCAUCUUACUUUCAAGCAUUUGGACUUGAUUGGUAUCCAAGUCAAGCAUGUGACUGUGCUUUGCACAUGGACAACUUUCUGAAUCAGUGUUGGUCUGAGAGAAUCAAUACAUACUGUAUGUAAAUAUGUUAAUUUAGAAAAUGUUGAAUCAAAUGUUUAAAACACUGAAGGUUGAGCUUUUUGAAUAUGUAUACCAUUGUAUUUUGCUUUCUAAGAAAGUGCUUACAUUUCCUGUUUUUCCCCCCUCAGGUUAAAAAAGUUUAUUUGUAUAUUGUGCUGUUUAUAUAUACUUGCAAAAUCAUAAGUUCCUCUUACUACUUUUCCAUUUCAGCAGUCUUAUAAGCAUUGUGAUAGUGCUGAUUGAAGGAAAGAACAGCAGUAGAUGGGAAUCUCUAUUUGCAUAAGUAGGAUCUAUUACUGGUGGACAUGGUUUGUAGUUAUCACCUUCAGGUAAUCAAUGGGAUGAUAUAAAUGGAUUCUACUUUGGUAGCUGCUUUUAUAGCAUUGUGCCUAUACAAAAAAAAAAAAAUCAGGGCAAAUUUUAUUGCUUUGGUUACAAUUUAAAAAACAAACAAAUCAUGAAAAUGACAGGCCAGAAUGGGGGUUUGGUCAAGCAGCACUUGAAGACAAAGCUGUUUUUCCCCAGUGCAGGGUUUAUUUGGCAUUCAUCUUUGCUAUGCAGCAUAGUAUAUCAACUGAAGUACCUUUCCCCAUCUCUCAACUGUUUUUAGUAGGUGCUAGGGCAGCUCCUUGGUUUAGUAAGUCUAAAAGCCACUAGUCUAAAACUAUAUCAACUACCUUCUUGCUUGCUUUUCCUCCUACUAUAUGCCUCCUACUGCCUGGUUAUUUUCAAACAUAUCUACCAUAUUCUUUGUAUCAAUUUCAGGGUUCUGAUCCUUUUAAAACUAUUCCUACACAUUUUACAGUUUGUUUGUUUUUACUUAUGCAAGUUUAAACUUCUAAAAUGGGAGCUAAUGAGAGUUGAAAAUGGUUAAAAGGACUGGGCUGAUUUACAGCACUAAAAUGCCUGGCUGAAUAAAGGUUUUUAUCUGGUACCAGAAAGUUAU